GCUGCCAUCGUACGCACUAUGAUGAAGUGUAGCUUGAUAACAGCUUUGAUCAUCUGCAGCCUCGGCUGGAUCUCUGUCUCAGCUGCUGAUUCUCAGACUGUGGAGGUCCAGUCUGGUAAAGAAGUCUCUCUCACAUGCUCUGAGAAGUCCGACUCUCCAACAGUGUGGUUCAGAGUGGUCAACAGAACCAAGGCCAGCUGGAUCUCCACUAUGAUGGGCCCUAACAAUGUUCCUUCAUACUGUGAUGGAUGUAAAAAUGGAGCAUUUGAAAUGAGUUCCAACAAGUCCGCUGCCUCUCUCAAAAUGAAGAAAGUGAAUGUAUCUGACUCUGGACUGUAUUUCUGUGUUGCUUUCACACAGAAAACAGUUUUCAGCACCACACAUUUAAAUGUUGAAGGCAGUGAUGAACCUCAUGAUGAUGUUGACAGAAAGCCUAAAAAGUCUGAUGAUGUAACAAAGCUGAUGAGUGUGAUCCUGGGCGGUCUGACUGCUGUUCUCCUAACAGUCAUCAUUGGUCUGGUUGUUACAAUCAGGAAACUUCAGAAAGCUGCCAGUGAAGAACAGAAUCCACCACAGCGUGAGACUCUGGGCUCUGAUGGCCUGAAAGACGCAGCACUGAGUUUGUAUUUACCAACAGUGAGGAACAGGAGGCCUGCAUCACAGAGAGAAGUGGAGACUCAUGUUAUUUAUGCUGCCCGCAGAUAGACUCAGAGAGGAACUGAUGCUUUUACCACAUUAACCUGCUGCUGUGUUCUUUUGUGGCUGGAUGGGAGAGGAAACGUGAUCGUGAGAAAACGUGAUCUUUGUCAAGGUGCUUUUAAUUUCAUGUCUCUCCAUAGCUCUCUGUCUUACAAAUCUUAUCUGACGCUGGUGACUGUUCAGAUGUUACAAUAGACAGAUGGUCCUGCAGAGGUACACCAGAGGUGUUUGCUGAAAUAACGAGCCUGACGAGUGUGAUCCUGGGUGCUCUGCUUAUUUUCCUCAUUGCAGUCAUCAUUGGUCUGGUUGUCAAAAUCAGGAAACUUCAUCCAGCUCAUACAGAGGGACAGAAUCUACACCACAGUGAGAACCUGGGCUCUGAUGAUCUGAACUAUGCAGCGCUGAGUUUCCAUCAAAGAGCAGCAGAAGGCCUCCAUCAGAGAACCAGCUGGAGACACAUGUUGUGUAUGCUGCCACCAGAUAGACUCUGGAAACAUCUGGAACUGCAGCUCACAGUGGAACUGAUGCAUUGUCAUAUCAAACUGAUACUACAUAUGCCCUGUGGUGACAAACAGCACUGUCUCUAUUGGUGAGGUACUUUGUAUGUAUGUGCAUCAUGACUGAAGUCUUACCCACAGGAAGUUUGGCCUUCAGCUCUCUGAAGCACAACCACACACAACAAAGACCUUUAUGUCUCCAGAGCUCAACUGUAAUUGGUCAUUUUUGUUAAGUCAAGACAUUUUUGUGUUGUAAUUGUAGAUAUGUACUCACUGAGCAUCAUGUCAGCCAUAAGUCAGUCUCAAAAUUGUCACCACCUCCCUCAUCACACCUCAAACUCACACCAUCUAUCAAACUUGUGAAGAGGUGUAUGAUGCAGUGUGACACUUGCACAGCCAGACAUAAAGCUUUUACUCUGCU